AUGCCGCCCCGGUCCUCGCUGGGCGCGCAACCAGGUUUGCCGACCUACCUGCCCAACGCCCAGCCAGCCGGUUCGAACAACCACCAGCAGCAGCAGGCGCGGAGGGUGAGUGAUCAGAGGGCCGUUGCGGGCCCGUCGAGGACGCCCAGCAGUGCGUACGAGCCUGGUGCACCGAUCAAGUUCUAUGAUGAAGAGGUCAAGAAGAUGCACGGCGAGCUGGACAAGCGGGCGCCUGAGGAGCGAAUCGCCGCGAGACGGGUCAUGCGCUCUCCCUCGACCCGCCUUCGCAAGCGAGGCGUGACCUGGACGGGCUUCUUCCUCCGUGUCGCCGCCGCCUACGUCCUCAUCGCCUACUUCUUCGUCUGCCCAAACAGCACGAGCGACCGCGCCAUCUGCCGCGGCCUCGACUCGGUCGGCGACAGGUUGAGGCGGUACGAGCCGCAUGUCAGGCCUUACGUCCAGACUGCGCAGCGCAAACUCGAGCCCUAUGUCGCCGAGGUCGAGCGGCAUACGAGGCCCUACGUCGACGUCGUCCGCCCGCACUACCAGCGCGCAGACCGCCUCGUCCGCCCGCAUGUCUCGACUGCCAAUCGCUUCGUCCGUUCGACCGUCUACCCUGCCGUCCUCUCCGCCGUCCGCCACUCGCAAGCCGCGACCCAGCCCGUCAUGGACAAACUGCGGAAGCAGUACGUCAGGACGCUCGAGCCGUCGGUCGAAUGGUACGCCGACUCACUCAGCAAGUGGUACGCCUCGCACAUCGAGCCGCACGUCCAGCGCUACACGUCUGUCACGCGCAAGCACUCCAAAACGGCCUACGACGCGUUCUCGCCCGUGUGGGAGACGGGCGUCCCGCGCGCCCGCCACCACUGGAGGACGCACCUCGUCCCCUUCUCCCGCCGCGCGUACUCGACCUCCCGCAAGACCUACACGACGCACGUCCACCCGCGCGCCGUGACCGUCGGAGGCCACACGGCCCGGUUCUACCGCUCGAAGGUCCUUCCCACGCUGCACCGGUUCUGGAGCAAGUUCAUCGCGCCCCAGCUCGACAAGAUCCGUGAGAGGAUAUUUGAGUACAAGGCGAAGAAGGCCAAGCUCGAGGCGGUCGAGCGCGUCGAGAAGGUCAGUGAGGAGAUUGCCAAGGAGCAUGGCGAGGGCGACUUUGCGGACUUCAUCAAGGACCUCCGCGAUGACAAGGUCGCCGCCGUCGACGCCUCUCCCGCCAUCCCCGCCGAGGAAGCCCCUCCCGCCUACUCUGCCUCUGUCCCUCCUCCCCCUCCAUCCGCCGAAGAAGCCACCACCCUCCGCGCCGAGAAGCGCGCAGCCCUCGAGACCCUCCAAACGACCUACGAGAAGGAGAUUGCCGCGCUCGGGCAAACCGAACACCGUCUCCUCGUCGAACGCCUCGUCGAUAUCCGCCAGCGUGCGAUCGAUGACAUCCCCGCUCGGUUCGAGCCCGCGCUUGAGAAGCUCGACGAGGAGGGCGACGCGAUGGUUGGGAAGCUGGGCAAAUAUUUCGCUCGUGUCGGUGCGGACGAGAAGACGCCUGUCGAGGACAAGGUCAAGGACUCGGAAGAUUUGUGCGCCAAGGCUGAGAGGCGCGUGCGCAAGACGGCUGAGGGGAUCAAGAAGGAGGUCGAGGAGUACCGCGCGGACCUGGAAACGAGGGAGCGCGCCGCGGUCGAGAAGGCGCAGCAGGCUGUCGGCGAGCUCGUCAGCAAGGCUCAGGAGGAGCUCGGCACAGGCUGGACUUGGCUCGACGGUGUGACGGCCAAGGACUGGCAACGCUACCACGACUUGCGUCGUGCCGAGGAGAAUCUCGACAAGAACUUUGCCGCCCUCCAGACUGGCGCGAUAAAGGAGCCCGCCCUCGCCGACCUCCGCCCUUACUCGCUCCUCGACCAGUACCACGAGUCGCCCGACAAGCUCGUCGCCGCGUUCGAGAAGAUUCUCCACAAGAUCAAGGUCAAGGGUCAGCGUGAGCUCAAGGGCGAGUGGCAGGGCAUCGUUCCCGAGGCGCAGGCUGCGUACGAGGCGGUCACGGGCAAGAUGGCCGCCGUUGUCGACGACCUCAAGGUCUCGGCGUCGUCUGUCGCCGGCUACAAGCGCAAGCCCACCAACGUCGCUCAGUCGAUGAGCUCGCUCGCCAAGGCGGCCCAGGCUUCGGCCAGCUCGCUUGCUGCAGAGGCAGUCAACGCUCUCCCGACCAUUGAAGCUCGCCACGAGUACCUCGAGGCCGUCAAGUCUGCGUACGGCGACGCCUCGCAGCAGGUUCUCCGUGCGGCAGGAGUCGACCCCUCGCCCACCGACUUCCGCCAGUCAGCCUCGUCGCUCGCUCACGCUGCCUCCAAGUCGGCCGCUACCGCCUACGCCGAAGCCUCGCAGUCUGCCCUCCGCGCUCUCGGCAAGGAACCCUCGCCGACCGACCUCGCUCAGUCCAUGACCUCGAUUGCGAACGUCGCUUCCGCCUCAGCCGCUAGCGCCUACUCGCAAGUCAUGUCCGACUACCCGGCUUCGAUCUCGUCCGCCCUUGCCGCCGCGACCCAGGCUGUCGACCGCGCUGCAAACGACGCCCUCAGCAGCGCCUCUUCCCUUGCCGCCUCCGCAGCAAGCGUCGUCUCCUCACUCGCCGCUCCCGCCGCGACGUUGCUCAACCCUGCGCCUGUCGCCGACGCGAUCGAAGGCGCCAAGGCGGCUGCAAACGAGUUCUUCGGCGAAGCCUCGCAGGACGCUCUCCGGGCUGUCGGGCAGGAGCCCUCGCCGACGAACCUCGCUCAGUCGGCGACGAGCCUUGGAAACGUCGUCUCGUCGUCGCUGUCGAGCGUAAGCAAGGCCGCUGCGUCGAGUGCAUCCGUCGGCCGCUCGUCCGCCUCGUCCCGCGCCAGUGCAGCGACUCGCAACGCCGCUGCUUCGGCCAGCGGUGUCAGCGCCUCAGCCUCGUCACUCGCCUCGUCCAUCUCGUCCCGCGCCACGCAGGUCGCCUCAUCCGGCGUCUCGGUCGCCUCCUCGCUCAACCAGCCCCACCCGAGCUACAAGAAGAGUCAGGCGAGCGCCUCCGUCGCGAGUGGUACAGACGCGAUCAAGCGCAGCGCGUCGAGCGUCGUCUCCGCCGCAUCGAAGAAGGUCGCUGGAACCGGUUCGAGGCGUCCUCCGGCGGUUGUCAAGAGCGCGUCGAGCGUCGCUAGUGCGGUCAAGAGCAAGGCGGAGGAGAUGGCGAGCCCGCAUCCGAGUUAUGCGAAGAGUCAGAGGGAGGAGAAGGUUGCGCAGGCGACGGACAAGGUCAAGAAGGUUGUCGCGCACGGCGAACUGUGA